CACACACACACACACACACACACACACACAGAGUCACACCUCCUCCAGCCCCACCGCCUCCACCAUGGCCGCCUCCACCCUGUCUGGCUGCUCCAGCAACCUGAGCUACGGCAGCCACGUCUGCCUGCCUGGUCCCUGUCACCCCUGCACCGGCUCCUCCUGGCAGUGGGACGACUGUCCAGAGAGCUGCUGCGAGCCCCCCUGCUGCGCCCCCAGCGGCUGCACCCCCGCGCCCCGCCUGGCCCUCAUCUGCACCCCAGCGAGCUGUGAGCCCAGCCCCUGCCUGUCAGGCUGCACCAGCUCCUGCACCUCCUCCCCCUGCCAGCCGGCCUGCUGUGUGCCCGUCUGCUGCAGGCCCGUCUGCUGCAGGCCCGUCUGCUGCUCACCCGUGUGCUGCACACCUGUGUGCUGUGAGGCCUCCCCCUGCUCAGACUCCUGCUGCCAGCAGUCGAGCUGCCAGUCGUCCUGCUGCACCUCCUCCCCCUGCCAGCCGGCUUGCUGUGUGCCCGUCUGCUGCAGGCCUGUCUGUUGCACACCUGUGUGCUGUGAAGCCUCCCCCUGCUCAGACUCCUGCUGCCAGCAGUCGAGCUGCCAGUCGUCCUGCUGCACCUCCUCCCCCUGCCAGGAGGCCUGCUGUGUGCCCGUCUGCUGCAGGCCUGUCUGCUGCACGCCCGUCUGUUGCACGCCCGUCUGCUGCAGGCCUGUCUGUUGCACACCCGUGUGCUGUGAGGGCUCCCCCUGCUCGGCCUCCUCGUGCUGCCAGCCCUGCCCCUGCCCCUGCCCCUCGUCCUGCUACAGACCCUCGUCCUCCGUGUCCCUCCUCUGCCGGCCCGUGUGCCGCCCCGCCUGCUGCGUGCCCGUCUCCUCCUGCGGGGCCCCCGCCUCCUGCUGCCAGCCCAGCUGCUGCCGCCCGGCCUCCUGCGUGUCCCUGCUCUGCCGCCCCGCGUGCUCCCGCCCCGCCUGCUGCGUGCCCGCCUCGGCCUGCGAGUCCUGCUGCUGAUCCUUCCUGGUCUCAUCCAAGACCCCUUCCCCAGCAGGACCAGCCUCCCGGCAGCCGCACCCUCUCUGGCUUUCACAGCCACAGGGGUAGGACCUCAGUCCCUCCUCCGCGUCCCGCCCCUCAUCUCAAGGACCCGAGCUGCUCACUCAGUCCUUCCUGACGCUGGCUGCUCAGCGGUGCCGCAGCAGAGGGACCACACCUCCUGAGCCCUAGGGUGCUCCCUCAGCCCCACAGGUCUGCUUCUACCCCAGGAAGAGACACCACUUAAUAAAGCCACCUCUGUCUCACACUGA